UUUGAAUCAGUAUAAGUCUGUGCUUCACAGAGAUAGGAUAAGAAAUUAUAUUUAUUUUAUUUUAUUUUUUUUUUUAGUUUUAUUUUUGACAUUCUCUCGACAAUUUUUUGAUAAAACCACGUGAUCAAAAGUGCGGCACACGAUUCAAUAUAAUUCGAACGCGAGUGAAUAAUAAUUAAUCCCGCCAAAUGUCAACUUACUGCUCCUUUCGAUUAUCAUCAAUAUUUUUGUGUGUUAUUAAUUAUUUUUUUUCUGUGAAAGUGAUUUGAAAAAAAAAAAAUUUUUUUUCCCCGUUUUAUAGCAUCAAUCUAUGUGGCGCUUUUUCUUUAGACAUUUUAUCACGUGACAACACCAAAGAAUCAAAAUAGUAUGCCAAAACAAAAAUGGAUAUUAAUAAGCGCCGCCUGUAUAUUUUUCAUUAUCACACAUUCGUGGACGGUCCUCGGAAAGCCUACAUUAUCAAAAAGAGAAGCAGAAAUCGAGUCCACAAAUUGGACAAGUGUAGCUGAAGAAUGGCUGAAAAAGAAACAAGAUACUCAAAGGCAUAGUGUGACAAUACUUCCAUUUAGUCAAAAAUUCCAUCAACUUUCAGCAACAACUGAAUCAGUUGUUAUUCAUGGAAUGAGUAAAGAACAGUACUCAAGGGUAAAUUAUUCACGAAUGUUAUGGAAUAUGGAGAGUACUCAACAAGGAGGACAUCUUUCCUUGUUUGUUGAUAAAGCAGUGAAACUUUUAGAUUUGAGGCAAGUUAUGAUUGAAGUUGAAACCUCCGUCAUGUCUAAAGUGUCUUGUUCUGCAUGUAAAGUUGGCGCUGGUCUUUUACAACAUUAUAUCAAAUCAGGAAAAAGUGACAAUGAAAUAUUGCAAAAUAUUUAUCAAUUUUGCACCUAUUUCAAAAUUCAAAAACCCCGAGUUUGCUCUGGAGUUACUGAUCUUUUUGGGGGUGAAGUGAUAUAUGUUUUGAAGCAAAUUGAUUUAGGUCCAGCUCAAAUUUGUAGUUUUGUUAUUGGAGAUGCAUGUGAGGAUACAUAUAAUCCACAACAUGAUUGGGAAGUUGCUUUUCCACCAGUGAAAAAACCACCAAUUCAACCACCUAUUCCACCUAAGGAAGGCGCUCCAAUGUUUAAAGUUCUUCACAUCUCUGACACUCAUUAUGAUCCUUACUAUAUGGAAGGCUCAAAUGCUGAAUGCAAUGAACCUCUUUGUUGUCGUUAUACUAAUGGACGUCCACUUACACCUUCUGCCGCUGCUGGAAGAUGGGGUGAUUACAGAAAAUGUGACACUCCCAAAAGAACUGUGGAUCAUAUGUUGAAUCACAUUGCCCAAACACAUAAAGAUAUAGAUUAUAUUUUAUGGACUGGAGACUUACCACCUCAUGAUGUUUGGAAUCAAACAAGGGAAGAAAAUAUCAAUAUUUUAAGAGAAACCGUUCAACAAAUGAUUGAACAUUUUCCAAAAAUACCAAUUUUUCCAUCUCUAGGAAAUCACGAGAGUGCUCCAGUUAACAGUUUUCCACCAGAAUUUAUAACCGAUAACGACAGUAUAUCUUGGCUUUAUGAUGAACUCGAUAUACAAUGGAAAAAAUGGUUGCCAUCAGCAGUUUCUCAUACGGUUAGAAGAGGAGCUUAUUAUUCAGUUUUAGUUCGACCUGGUUUUAGAAUUUUAUCUGUAAAUACUAAUUACUGUAAUAACAAAAAUUGGUGGCUACUUAUAAACAGUACAGAUCCAACCAAUGAAUUACAAUGGUUAAUUUAUGAACUUCAAACGGCUGAAAUGAAUGGUGAAAAAGUUCAUAUAAUCGGACAUAUUCCACCUGGACAUUCGGAUUGUUUGAAAAUAUGGUCGAGAAAUUAUUAUCAUAUAAUAAAUCGGUAUGAAUCGACAAUAACAGCGCAAUUUUUUGGUCAUACACAUUUUGAUGAGUUUGAAGUAUUUUAUGAUACCACGGAUCUUGGAAGAGCAUUAAGUAUAGCUUAUGUGGGACCCUCUGUUUCGCCUUAUUACGAUCUUAAUCCUGGAUAUCGAAUAUAUUACGUUGACGGCGAUCAUCCACAGACGACGAGGAUGGUCGUUGAUCAUGAAAGUUGGGUGAUGAAUUUGAAAGAGGCCAAUUUAUAUGAUUAUCCAUUCUGGUACAAAUCGUACAGUGCAAGAAAGGCUUAUCAAAUGUCUUCUCUUUUGCCAAAGGAUUGGGAUUCUCUAAUUGAUAAAAUGUCAAGUGAACCAAUGACAUUCGACCUUUACUACAAACAUUAUUACAAAGAUUCGCCAGUGAGACCGGCAUGUAAUGACGAGUGUCGCAAAAGGCUACUUUGCGAUUUAAGAAGUGGAAGAAGUCACGACAGAAAGGCUCUUUGUCAGAGUCUUGAGUCAAGAAUUGAUGGCGAAACAAAAGUUGGCUGGCGAGCGUGGAUCUAUAAUGGCCUUGCUCUUUCGAUGUCUGUUGUGAUGGCCAUUCCAAAAUUUGCCCUAAGUAUACCACAAUACGUCUACAGAUUGGGCUGACAUUCUUCUUCUAUUUCUCUAUAUUAUGAGAAAAAAAGUAACUGAAAUUGUGAUCUUUAUAAGUGUAAAUAUUAAUAUAACAGAAUUUUUGUGAGAAUGUUACGCGAUUGAUACCGCAAUUGUUAAAUUAAUUAUAUAUUAUUGUUCAUAAAGAAGCAAUAGACUUAUGCGCGCAACUGACUGUUCUCAUUAUAUAUAUAUAAUUUUUAAUUUGCUCGUUACAUCACAGGAGAAUAUUUUAAAUUUCAUUUUUUUAAACACAUAUAUAUGGGACAAAAUUCCUGAAAUUUCCGAGUCAAAAUUUUAAAAUUAUAGAAUUUAGAAAAAAAAAUUUUCAUUUUAAAAUAUUUGCUGAUUAAAAGUUUGAACCUGAUUUUCAAGAACAAGAUUUACACCCAAAAAAAUAUUUCUUUGAUUCAAAAAAAUCAAUUUUUUUGACAAAUUUUUCUUUGAUACAAAGAAAAUUUAUUUGUUUCAAACAAAUUAUCUUUGAUUCAAAAAAAUUAUAUUCGUUUCAAAGAAAUUUUUUACUUUAUUCAAAUAAAUGUUCCUUUGACCCUAUAUCAAUGU